AUGAUAAAGGCUAUAUUGGUUUUCAAUAACCAUGGUAAACCCAGGCUGCUGAAGUUUUACACUCGAUAUGUAAGUUUUAUUGUAUUUUUUAAAGUAUUCCGUGUUUAGACAGAGGAAGAACAACAACAUAUCGUGCGUGAGACGUUCCAAUUGGUUUCUAAACGAGAUGAUAACGUUUGUAACUUCCUGGAAGGCGGAUCAUUGAUCGGAGGAUCUGACUACAAACUCAUAUACAGACAUUACGCUACAUUGUACUUUGUUUUCUGUGUGGAUUCAUCUGAAAGUGAAUUGGGUAUCUUAGACUUGAUCCAAGUCUUUGUCGAAACUUUGGACAGAUGUUUCGAAAAUGUCUGUGAGCUGGACCUUAUCUUUCACGUCGAUAAAGUCCAUCACAUUCUAAAUGAACUGGUGAUGGGUGGAAUGGUGCUGGAGACGAACAUGAGUGAGAUUUUACAGAGGAUACAGGAACAAGAGAAGUUGGAGAAACAGGAGGUGGGUUGUUUUUAAAAGCAUCAACAUUUUAAUUAAAAACAUACCUAUAAGAUAAUAUGUCAAAGAACGUAGUAUAAUUCAAGAAUAAAAACUUUGGUGCAGUAAUAUAAAUUAAAUAUAACUUCAAAUUUAUGCAGGCUGGUAUCUCCGCCGCGCCAGCACGAGCUGUUUCCGCUAUGAAGAGUAUAAAUCUACCCCAACAAAUUAAAGAUCUCAAACUGCCCGACCUGCCUUCGUUUUCGAACUUCAAAAACCCAUUUUAA